AUGUCUGGAAAACUUUUCAUAAUUCUCCUUUUGUUGGUGACCCCGGGAGAAGCAAGGAAGUCAUUUCUCAGAUUUCUGAAUAUACAAAAUCCAGAAAUGCUGUCGUUUACGAAGCCAGAAGAAACCGUCAUUGUAAGGUCCAGCUAUGAAGGUAAGCGGCCUCACUCCAGCUACCUGCUUGUGAAGUUGGAGGAUCCUACAGUGCUGCAGGUGGUGAAUGUGACCAAGACCUCCCUGGACUUCACAGACUUCACCAUCAACCUGAAGACGUUCCCAGGAGAGACAAACCUCACCAUGCAGCUCUGGGAGUCUGAAGGUAGGCAAACAAGACUCAUCGAAGAGAUAACCAAUAUCAGAGUGAGCGUGUUCAGACAGACAGAGGACAGUCUCUUCCAGGAACCAAUCCACGUCAACAGCUCCAUCUUCCUGCUUGUCUUAUUGAUGAUCCUUUUAAAUAAAUGCGCCUUUGGCUGCAAGAUUGAAUUACAGGUGCUCCAAACAGUGUGGAAGAGACCUUUGCCAAUACUUCUUGGGGCGGUUACACAGUUUUUUCUUAUGCCGUUCUGUGGCUUUCUCUUGUCUCAGAUUUUGGGCUUGUCAAAGGCACAGGCUUUUGGAUUUGUAAUGACCUGCACAUGCCCAGGAGGGGGUGGGGGCUAUCUCUUUGCUCUCCUUCUAGAAGGGGACGUCACUUUGGCCAUUUUGAUGGCUUGCACGUCAACGUCCCUGGCCCUCGUCAUGAUGCCUGUCAACUCGUACUUAUACAGUUGCCUACUCGGGUUAGCAGGUGUAUUUCACGUUCCUGUCUUAAAGAUUGUGUCUACUCUUCUUUUCAUACUUACGCCAGUAUCCAUCGGCGUAGUCAUUAAGCACAGAAUGCCUAAAAAAGCAGUCUGUCUAGAGAGAGUGGUGCGGCCUCUGAGUUUGACUUUAAUGUUGGUGGGAGUCUACUUGGCUUUCAGGAUGGGACUGGUGUUUCUGAGAAUGGCUAACCUAGAGGUGUUUCUUUUGGGGCUUCUGGUUCCCGUACUGGGCUUUUCAUUUGGGUAUUCCUUUGCUAAAGUCUACCUGCUGCCGCUUCCUGUUUGCAAAACAGUCGCAAUCGAAAGUGGGAUGUUGAAUAGUUUCUUAGCCCUGGCCAUUAUUCAGCUUUCUUUUCCACAGUCCAAGGCAUAUGAGGCCUCCGUGGCUCCUUUUACAGUAGCGAUGUGUUCUAGCUGUGAAAUGUUGCUGCUCCUUCUGGUCUACAAGGCUAAGAAGAGGCCACUCCUUAGCACAGAAAAUGAAAAGGCUCCUCUCGUUUAA